AAACACUGAGACGGGGCACCAUCGCUAGCUGACGGGUUGGCGUUUACAUUUUUAGUCAUUGUUUCUCCGCAAAAGCCAACCUUGGAUGUAAACAGCCUCCAACGUGUUAUGUCUAAGUAGCUUAUUAGAUCGUUCGACGUGUCCGCGAGCAGCUAAACGGAAGCAGUACCGCGCCGACAUCUUUCACCGAAGCUAAUAGCGGAUCGCUAAUGCUAGGAGAGCUAGCGGGCUAGCUUUUUACUAGCGUGUUAACGGUUAACGCCGAGACCUACAUUUGACUGAUUUCAUUAACGGCGAAGCUGCAAUGGCUGAUGUUGACAAGCUCAACAUAGACAGUAUCAUCCAACGACUGUUAGAAGUCAGAGGAGCAAAGCCUGGCAAGAAUGUGCAGCUGCAGGAGAAUGAAAUCCGUGGAUUAUGCCUCAAAUCCAGGGAGAUAUUUCUCAGUCAGCCCAUUCUUUUGGAGCUUGAAGCCCCUCUCAAGAUUUGUGGUGACAUCCAUGGGCAAUACUAUGACUUGCUGAGGCUGUUUGAGUAUGGGGGCUUCCCUCCAGAGAGCAACUACCUGUUUCUGGGAGACUAUGUGGACAGGGGGAAGCAGUCUCUGGAGACCAUUUGUCUUCUGCUGGCCUACAAAAUCAAAUACCCAGAGAACUUCUUUCUGCUGAGGGGAAACCAUGAGUGUGCUUCAAUCAACAGAAUAUAUGGUUUCUAUGAUGAGUGUAAAAGGAGGUACAACAUCAAACUCUGGAAGACUUUCACAGAUUGUUUUAACUGCCUCCCUAUUUCUGCCAUUGUUGAUGAGAAGAUCUUCUGCUGCCAUGGGGGACUGUCACCUGACCUUCAGUCCAUGGAGCAGAUCAGACGCAUCAUGCGACCCACUGAUGUUCCAGACCAGGGUCUGCUGUGCGAUUUGCUCUGGUCUGAUCCAGACAAAGAUGUAAUGGGCUGGGGGGAGAAUGACAGGGGUGUGUCAUUUACCUUUGGCUCAGAGGUUGUGGCCAAGUUCCUGCACAAGCACGACUUGGAUCUGAUCUGUCGCGCCCACCAGGUUGUGGAGGAUGGAUAUGAAUUUUUCGCAAAGAGGCAGCUUGUGACUUUGUUCUCAGCACCUAACUAUUGUGGGGAGUUUGACAACGCUGGUGCCAUGAUGAGCGUGGAUGAGACCCUCAUGUGUUCUUUUCAGAUUUUGAAACCAGCUGAGAAGAAGAAGCCCAACGGCAGCCGUCCGGUGACUCCCCCUCGCAAUAUGGUCACCAAACAAGCCAAGAAAUGAAGGGGUGGGGGGGGUUACAAAUGUUGGGAGUCUCACUCCACUGUUCUGCUUUCGUCUUCUGCAUUUGAAGGAUUGGUUAUUCUUCAUGCUGCCAAUACUGAAAAGAUAUCCACUCCUACCAGAUGAAAGCAAAAUAUUUUGUUGUUUUGUCCACAGGGGUAAAUUGAUAUGUCACCAUGAAAACCUCAGGUGUUUUGCACUCCAUUUUGCAGCUAGUCUUUGCCACAUAUGACUGUUCAAUCAGGAAAAAUGUAACAAUACGGCUACUUAUGCACAGGAAUGCCUUGUUUGAAGCUGUGCACAGUUUUUCCAGUUUCUUUCAUGUGUUAUUCAUCUGUCAUCUUUUUUCUCACUGACAAUAAUGGGUAUUAAUGGCUAUAAAACCAAUGGGGGAAAAGUCACAAACACCUGUUUACUUAUGUAAAACUUUAUUUACAACGAAUUUACAGUCAGUGUCAUAGAACAUUGACUCCACACUCUGCAUCCUCACAUUUUUAAACAAUACUCGUGCUAAAUUAAACCAAUAAAGAAGCACUCUUGUAAUGUCUAAAUCUUUCUAAUAAACUUUGACUGUAUUUUAGGGGGAAAUUUGUAUCUGAAUGUCAUUUGUUCGUAAACUGUUUUGCUUUUUAAAAAUCACAAUACAAAGUGAAAUGCAA